AGUGUGCCGCCGUCAACUCCACUCUCAAAGCCCUAGUCGCCUCUUGCGCGUGUCCGGGUUUUUUUGCAAGAUAUAUGCAGCCUGCCGAGUAAAUUGAAGGCCCUCACGCGCCCAUAUACGUAUACGUACGAAAUUCACGAGAUGUGAGUCGUGGUGUACACACACACGGUAGACGGUACACGACGCAGUACAUCUUCUCGUGUGGCUGUCUGUCUCUCUGGGUUGGUUGGUGGAAGCUGGCUCUGGGUGUGAGUGUGAGUGACUCAGUCGUCAGUCCUCCCUUCUUCUUCUUCUUCUUCUUCUUCUUCUUCAACCUCGCACCUCACCUCAGCUCCUUCUUGUUGUUACCGUCACGGUGCAGCAAGCAAACAAACAAUCAGAUCGACACAGAUCCGGCGGCCCUGUUGCCUUGCCUCACCGGAUCUCCCCAUUCCUUCUUCUCCUCUUGCUCUCGACUGGACUCGAUUCGAGUGGAAGCGAAGCGAAGCAAUCAUCUUGAUCUUGGAAGAUUGAUUGAUUGAUUGAUUGAUUGAUUGAUUGAUGGGGAAGAAGCCCAGGUGGCUGGGCGCCGUCAAGAAGGCUUUCAGCCCCGAAUCCAAGGACCAGAAACUGCAGAGGAGGUUGGCCGCCGCCGGCACCAGCACCAGCUCCAGCGCACCCUACCCGCGGGAUCUGACGCCCUCCGCCUCCUACCUCCAGGCCCGCGCCUCAGGCUCAGGCUCCGCCCUCCCCCGCUACCCCGACGACUUCCCGGAGGCCUCACUUCCGCCUCCUGCUCCUGCUCCGGCCCCGCUCCCCGUCACUGAAACUCAAACUCAAACUCAAACCCAAAGGGAGGAGCAUGAAAUUGAGCAUGUCGCUGCCGAGCCACCCACAGCCACGGAUGCACCGCUCCCUGCCCCUGCCCCUGCCGCCGCACCACCACAGGUUCAGGCACAGGCUGCCGCUGUGCCGGCGGCUUCUUCCUCUCCCAUCCUGUCCAGGGAGCUCGCCGCCACCAAGAUCCAGACCGCCUUCAGAGGUCACCUGGCGAGAAGGGCGCUGCGGGCAUUGAAAGGCCUGGUCAGGCUCAAGUCUCUGGUACAAGGCCACUCCGUCAAGCGCCAGGCCACCAGCACGCUUCGCUGCAUGCAGACUCUGUCCCGGGUCCAGUCCAAGAUACGGACGAGGAGGAUCAAGAUGGCCGAGCAGAACCAGGCCCUUCAGCGCCAGCUCUUGUUGAACCAGGAACUGGAGACUCUCAGGAUGGGAGAUCAGUGGAACACCAGCCUGCAAUCCAAGGAGCAGAUCGAGGCCAGCCUCGUGAGCAGGCAAGAGGCAGCAGCUAGAAGAGAACGGGCCCUCGCAUACGCGUUUUCCCAUCAGUGGAAGAGCACCUCAAGGUCUGCCAACCCGAUGUUUGUGGACCCGAGCAACCCGCACUGGGGCUGGAGCUGGCUGGAGCGGUGGAUGGCGUCGAGGCCGUUCGACGGCCGCAACGGGGCGUCCGAGAAGGACGGCAGCAGCGUCGACCGCACGUCGGUGAACAGCACCAGCCUGAGCAUGAACCUCGGCGAAGUGGAGACGAUCACAAAGGAUGACAACCAGGUGGUGGACUCUUUGAAGCCGAAUGAUGAUAAGCCCGCACCGUUUUCGACGCCGAAGCCGUCCGGCCCUGCCCCCAGGCAGUCCCCGUCGACGCCCUCGCCGGCAGUGCUGGCGAGGAAGAAGAGCGCGGCGCCGAAGAGUGGAGACGACGGCGACGACGCGAGGAGCGUGGUCAGUGCUGUCCGGUCCGAACGGCCCCGGAGGCACAGCAUCGGCGCGUCCAGCGUGCGUGAUGACGCGAGCCUGUCGGGCUCUUCCCCGUCUGUGCCGAGCUACAUGGCGGCCACCAAGUCGGCGUCGGCCAGGGCCAAGCUGCGCGUCCAGAGCCCGACGCUGACCGAGGGCGCUGCUCAUGCUGAAACGCUGGAGAAAGGAUGGUCUUCUGUGGGUUCAGCGAAGAAGAGGCUGUCCUUUCCGGCUGGGACGCCGCCGCCGGUGCCGUCGGCGGCGGCGAGACGGCACUCUGGGCCUCCCAAGGUGCGGCAGGCGGCCGUGGAAGGUGGUACCGAGGGACGGGACUCGGCGCUCGGAGAGUAUAAAAUUUGCAUAAGGAAGGAAGGAAGGAAGGAGGCAGCAGCAGAGAGCAGACUUGUCCUUGUCCGGCUCCAACAACAAGAAGCGUACCAAAACGAAACCCAAAUAUAUUAUGGAUCCGGUAUGGCCAUGGUGUGGUGUCCAGCGAGCAAGGAAGCCGCCGCAGCCAUGGCCAUGGAGGUGGAAGAGACCACGACGGCGGCGUCGGCGGAGAAGACGUUCCUAGUCCAGAGCGAGGACGGCAUGGACUUCUGGGUGUCCGAAUCGGAGGCGAGCCAAUCCAUGACCAUCGAUGGCGAGACCGUCUGCUACGACGGCGAGCCCAUCUACGUCAACGUCGACAGAGAAACCCUCUCCAAGGUCUUGCACUACUGCAAGAAGCACGCCGCCGCCGGCGACGAUGACGACCUCCUCAGCGCCUGGGACGCGGAGCUCGUCGUCGGCGUCGACCUCGAGGCCCUCUACGACCUCAUCCUCGCCUCGAAGGAGCUGGAGGUCCGAGGGCUCCUGGACCUGGCCUGCGGGGCCGUCGCCGGCAGGAUCAAGGGCCGGUCGCCGCGGGAGGUCUGCCACCUCCUCCACAUCAGGGGCGUCUUCGUCCCGGACUUCCACCACCACCAGCUCUCGUCGGCGGCGAGUAGCGGGUCUCGUUGGACUGAUGGAGAGCUCAAGCUGACGGAGAAGGCGCUGCGGGCUCUGCACGUGGUCCGUGUCAACGACUUCACCUCGUACGAGCCCACGCAGGACUACCACGUGUGCUAUCGCUUCCACCACGAGUUCAACAUGGCCCUCUUCGACUUCGACAAAGAGACUCGCUUCUGCCGUGGCCCGCCGCUCUGCAAGAGGACACCGGCGCGUGAGUCGCUCGCGGGAGCAUGUCUCAACGUCAUAUGCUUGAAGGUGCGCGAAUCGGACGUCGGCUUCCCAAUCAACGUGUUUGGCACCGUCGUCGCAAGGGACUCGGUGGACUAUAGAUGCGUCUAUCUCUUUAGGCGUGACAGGGACGAUCCCCAACUCAUCACCUCGCCGGAUGAUAUGUUAUCUUUGUUGGACCCAUGUCGAGCGCUAGUUCCGCAGAGCAGGGUUCAUUUUGAGAUUGAUUUGAAGAUCAAGUGCGAUGGAGGGGCGGAUCAAGUUUUUAACAAAUGCUUGCACGAAUUCGAUUCGGUCCGCCUCAGUACAGGAAAGGAGAUCAUGACCCUCGGUCUAGAUAGUUAUCUGAGUAGGCUGGAAUUGUCAUGUGUGCAGGUUUACGCACCCGUGGAAGCCACGUUUGCAAUCAAUGUUGUAAAGGGCCCGUGUAAUAUCUCGAGAGUAGUCGUUGCGACUCGUGGAAACUUUAGUGAUCGUAGGAUCCUAUACGAAGCAACGGACAACCAUAUGGUGAUUGGUGACGGUGCUUCCGUUCCGUUGACUCGUCAUGUGGUAGCCGUCCCACGGGAUCAGAAGCUGGCGCUCUAUCUUGUCGGUGGCGACGACGUACUUGGACACCUUGCCCUCACUCUAGGUCAUUCUGACGAAGUGGUCAACUGUAAGAUGGGUUGCGCUGAGCUUGAGGUGAAAGUUGCUUGGACGGCUGUCCUGAGAAGAAAAAGACCUAACAUGUUUAAGGAGGUCGGAGAUGUGCGGCUCUUGUUGUGA